AACAGGUAGAUAUCAUUUUUCUUAUACUAUGACCCAAAGAAUGCCAAGCGAUAUUGUUGAUUGCAAGGUUGUUCUUCUUGGAAAAGAGUGUGGAGGCAAGACAAGCCUUGUUGAGAGGUUUUUGUAUGACAGAUUCAAUGGUACAGCAUAUCAAAACACAAUUGGUGCUGCUUUUGGAGCCAAGAAAAUGCAAGUUAAUGGCAGGUGGGUGACACUUGGAAUUUGGGAUACUGCAGGUUCUGAAAAAUAUCAAGCAAUGAGCAGGAUAUAUUAUCGUGGUGCCAGAGCUGCAAUUGUUUGCUAUGAUGUUGCAGAUGUAAAAAGCUUUGAAAAAGCCAGAUUCUGGGUAAAUGAAUUGCAAGAUGCAGAAGAACAUUGUAAAAUAUAUCUAUGUGGCACAAAGUUGGAUUUAGUGCUCGAUGAAGGAAAGCAAAGGGCAGUUGAUUAUCAUGACUGUGUUGACUAUGGGACUGAAAUAGGAGCCACUGUUUUUGAAACCUCAAGCAAAACUAAUCAUAAUGUACUUGCACUUUUCCAAAGAAUUGCAGAUGAAUAUGUUCCAGAUCAUGACAUGCCAACAAAUGAUAUGAACUCCUCAGAUAUUGAUUUAAACUCCGCUAAUAUAUCAGAAAAUAAAAAAAAUUGUUGUUUUACGUGACGGUAAUAAUGUAGUGGUGGUAAUGAUAUUAUAUCAAUAGCUUCUGAUGCAGUGUUACACUAGAUAUAGCUUCAUAUUCAUUUGACCAGCUUUUAUUGAAUAGCUAUGUUACGUAUAAAGAGUUUCUUUCACUCCGCUUCGCAGCUUCGUUGAAAAAUUUUUGUGAAUUGUUAACUACCACUUGCAAUUUCUUAAUUUUUCUUUUUUUGUACUUAUGCAAUGAGACUUCUGGAACUAAUCAUAUUGAUUAGCGAAUAUUUUCUUACUUAGUUUGUCUGUUCAAAUUCCAUUAUUACCUUUGUAUUAUUCAAUGUUUAUAAUAUUUAUUUCGCUACUUUUGCCUUUUUUCGGCAUCUGGUGCACUACACUAAAACCACAUUAUAAUGAUAAGGAUUAAGUAAUGAAAAUGAUGGGGUCUUGGGGGUUCAUGGCCCCAUCGCAUGGUGGUGGUGGUUCAUUAAAGCGGGUUCCAUUGCACAAGUGUAAUUUCAUGGCUGACGUAAAGACGAUUUUCGAGACCAGUGAGAGGGAAGUAAUUCAUGGGUUAAUUAUAUGCAAUUUUUCUUCCUGAUUUCAUGUUUCUGUGUCAGGUAUGACUAAUGAGAUGAUUGGUAGUCGUCGAACUAUGUUUCACUCAUACCAUGAUAAUGUGCUGCUGUAAUUGAUACUGAAGGAAGCACUUACAUAGCAGAAUGCAUGUCAACAACCAACAUACAUCAAAAUUGAAUUAAUUUUGAUUUAAAGCUUUUUUAAUGUCAAAAGCUUAGUAAAACAUGUAAUGUUGUUGAAGAGCUCGUAAUUUUUUUCCUUUUUUUUUCACUGAUUUUUGCAGAUGGUCAUGAAAUUGAAUAGUACCCUACCUUUCUCCCCAUUGAUAUACCAUAGGCAGAGUUCAAGACCUUUGCAGCAAAACCAGUUGCAUUUGGAAAAUCCAUGGCAUUACCAUUACCAAAUAAUUCAUUUUUGUGGCUAAUAUGUUGCAAUAUUUUACUGAGAUGACCUGAUUUUUAAGAUAUAUAUUUUAUGUAUGUUUAUUUGCCUCAAAAAUGUAACAGUAUCUGCAUAAUAAUUAAACGGUACAGCAGAGAUGGGAUUCAUUCGGUGAAGAUUGUUAUUUUGACUGACUAAAAUUUAAUCACCAUGUACUUUCAACUGAAUGUGCUACCAAUUACAUUUAUAAUUUCAAAGUCAAA